AUGGGAUACUACCUCGGCGAUGGCAUAUACCCUGAAUGGGCGACCAUAGUGAAGGCAAUUCCUGCUCCACGAGGCAACAAGAGCAUCCAUUUCUCCGCGAUGCAAGCUGCUCUCCGCAAGGAUGUCGAACAUGCAUUUGGUGUGUUGCAAGCUAGGUUUGCUAUUGUUCGCGGACCGGCUAGAGUAUGGGGUCAGUCUACAUUGCACAAUAUCAUGACCGCCUGCGUUAUUAUGCACAACAUGAUAAUUGAGGACGAGCGCGGUACCGCUUCCCCGGUGCAGGUGUUUGACUUCAUGGGGGAACCAACUCAAGUCCAUCGAAGUGGUGACGAAGGUGUCCUGCAUUAUGUUGAAACAACUCAAGCUAUCCGCAACCGUGCAGUGCACCGCCAAUUGCGUGCUGACCUUGUGGAGCACCUUUGGAGUAUUCAUGGAGCACAGUAG